AUGUCUGGUCACGGUAAAACCAGAGGCAAAGGAUGCGCCAAGACCAAGACUCACUCCUCCAGAGCUGGUCUCCAGUUUCCUGUUGGUCAUAUCCACCAGCUGCUGCAUAAAUGUCACUAUGCCGAGCGUGUCGGGACCGGAGACCCCAUCUGCCUGGCAGCCGUCCUCGAGUACCUGACCACCGAGAUCCUCAAGCUCGCUGGCAACGCGGCCCGAGACAACAAGAAGGCCCACAUCAUCCUCCACCACCUGCAGCUCACCUUCUGCAAUGACGAGGGGCUCAACAAGCUGCUGGGAGGGGCCACCAUAGCUCAGCGUGGAGUCCUGCCCAACAUCCAGACUGUGAUGCUGCCCAAGAAAAACCAGCCAGCCCAGCAAGGUUUAUGCCUCAAGGGGCGAGAUCAGAAAAGGAUCAAAAUAAUCAUCAUCAAGUUGGAAGAACAUUUAAUCUUAAACCACUAG